AUGCCCCCAUCAAAUGAAUCGACACCCACCAAGAAAUGUCUGAAAAAGAUCACCCUUGAAAAGGAAGGAUCCUAUGAAGCUCUUGAUGCAUGUGAAAAACGCAAAAAGAGCUUUGAAUAUCCAAAGCAUUUUUUGUUUUUCUUGGUAUCUUACUUCUGUUUCUUUGUCUGCUUAUCUCAUGCACUAGACACUCUUAGGCCUGGGGAGAACUUGUAUGGCACUGAAACCUUAGUUUCUGCUAGUGGGGUGUUUGAGUUAGGUUUCUUUGGCUCUAGUGAGUCCAGCAAUGAAUAUCUUGGAAUUUGGUUCACGAAUGACAAGAACAAGAAAGCUAUUUGGGUUUCAAAUACAGAUGCUCCCCUCUUGGGUUCCCCGGGGGUUCUCAGCAUAAGGUAUGAUGGCAACUUAGUGAUCAGUGGUAGAGGGCCAAUUCCCAGAAUUGUGAAUUAUGGACAACUUGCAACAAGUAGCAACACAAGUGCAAAGAUUCUUGAUUCUGGAAAUCUGAUUCUUAUAGAAGGAGAAAAGAUUAUAUGGCAGAGUUUUCGGUAUCCAACUGACACAUUUCUACCAGGAAUGAAAUUGGGGUGGUUUGACAUAGGCACAGAUCAUGUUAUGAAAACAUUUCUAGUUUCAUGGUUAAGCCCAUCUGUCCCAGGUAAUGGUCCUUUUUCUCUAGGCCUGGAUUUAAUUACAUUGUCCACAUUCAAUGUAUGGCGCAGAGAUGAUUCUUAUCAGCAGAUUGGUUUCUGGGAUGGUCAUACAUUCAGAUUCUUUUUCCAGAAUCCAUUGGAUGGUUACAAUUUCAGCUUUUUCUCAAAUAGCAAGGAGGUUUAUCUUACUUUCAAUAAUAAGGGAAGUUACCUUUCAUGGUUUGUUUUAGCUUCAAAUGGGUAUAUUAAUGAGUUCAGGAUGGAUGGGCAGGACAUUUCAGUUGUGAAUCAUUCACUAUGUGAUGACACACAGGUGAACAAAUCAACUGACUGUUUGGUAAUGAAGCCAUCAAAGUGUGAGGAGGGAGGUAAUUUCUCAGAGAUAAGAGGGUUGAUGCCAAAUUCAAUGGUGAUGAAUUGGACCAUUCAUACGGGUCUGAGUGAUUGUGAGCUAAUUUGCAGCAGCAAUUGUUCAUGUACAGCUUAUGCUUCUCUCCAUGAUGAUGGAGCCGGUUGUGAACUUUAUUACGGAGAUAAAAGUGAUCUUCUAAACAUGAUAGAGAGAGGAAACAACACUGUUUAUGUGCGAGAUGAUGCUCCUGAAUCUGAUCUUCAAAGGAAGAGGAAGCUGGUGUUGGUCAUAGCUCCAGUUGUCUCCUUGAUAUUGAUCAUUUUGAUGCUAUUUCUGUGUUAUUUACGAUGGAGAAAGUGUGACUAUUUAGGCGCAAAUGGGAGACAAUGCCGCGUAAGAGACAGUGUGGAGUUGCUACUAUUGCAGUUAACUAAUAAUGAAAAUGCUACAAAUUAUAUUGAACUCGGCAGGAAGAAGGAUCAUGAAUUGCCUCUCCUCAGCUUUUCUUGUAUGGCAGCUGCCACUGACAAUUUCUCAGCUGCCAAUAAGCUAGGAGAAGGUGGUUUUGGGCCUGUUUAUAAGUUACGAGGACAUGAAAUUGCAGUCAAAAGACUAUCUAAAAGUUCUGGACAAGGAUUAGAGGAAUUCAAAAAUGAGGUGAAAUUGAUUUCUAAGCUCCAACACAGGAAUCUUGUUAAGGUUUUGGGUUGUUGCCUUGAACGAGAAGAAAAGAUAUUAAUAUAUGAAUACAUGGCCAACAAAAGCUUGGAUUAUUUCAUUUUUGAUCCAACAAGACAAAUGUCACUAGAUUGGAAAAAGCAUGUUGACAUCAUUGAAGAGAUCACUCGAGGGCUUCUCUACCUUCACAGGUACUCAAGCUUAAGAAUCAUUCACCGAGAUUUGAAAACUAGCAAUAUAUUGUUGGAUGCUUAUAUGAAUCCCAAAAUAUCAGAUUUUGGCAUGGCAAGAAUUUUUUUUGAGAAUGAUGAUCGAGCAAAAACAAAAAGGGUUGUUGGAACAUAUGGUUAUAUGUCUCCUGAGUAUGCAGUGCAUGGCCUUUUCUCUACAAAAUCUGAUGUAUUCAGCUUUGGAGUCAUUCUGUUAGAGAUUGUGAGUGGCAGGAAAAGCACAACUUUCUGUCAAUCAGAUAGCUCUUUGAACUUGCUAGGAUAUGCUUGGGAUCUAUGGAAAGAUGGGCGAUGCGUAGAGUUGAUGGAUCCAACAUUGACUGAUUCAUGUCCAUUGAAUGAGCUUAUGCUAUGCACUCAGGUGGGCCUCUUAUGUGUUCAGGAAAAGGCAGAAGAUAGGCCAACCAUGUCAGAUAUUGUUUUGAUGCUCAGCAGUGGAGUGACUUUGCCUACUCCAAAACAACCUGCCUUCUCUACCCUUCUAAAUGUUGAUUUACCAACAGGAAUGCAAAAAGCUUCUCAAAAUUUUGUAACAUUUUCAUCAAUGGAGGCUAGAUAAUUGCUCUUCUAUUCUGUAGCACAACCCAACCAUAAGUGAAGAAGUAGAAAAAGAUAAGGAAAGCAAAAAAAACAAAAAAUAAAAAUCAAUAACUUGUACAGAUAUUUGUGGAAUUAUAUUGUUCCUUUUGUUAUCAUGAAGAUUUCCCAUGUAUUUUAUAGAAUUCUUUAUUAUAUCAAUAUCAACUCUUUCUACAUCA